AGAAAAAGUUUCUUUAGGCGUUUCCUCCCGUGACGCUUUCGUUUUCAUGAUCAUUUAUGAUAUAAUGACAGAUUUGUCUAAUUUUAAUACAUGAUGGAAAGUACCUGUGUUUUUAUGUCAAUACUUAUGAUUGUCGCAGAUGGGUUUAUUGUGCGCGGUCCCUCUGGACCUCUGGUUGCUCUUCUGGGGUCUUCAGUGGUUUUGCCCUGUUAUGUUGAUGAACUCUUAGUAAUGGAGGUUCUGAAGGUGGAAUGGAAAAGAACAGACUCAGAGACUCUGGUUCAUCUGUUUUGGUUUGGUAAGAGUCGACCAGAGUUCCAGGAGCAGGAUUAUCAUGAUAGAGCUCAUUUCUUUACUGAUCAGAUUCAACAUGGAAACUUCUCUCUCCGUCUGGACAAUCUGAGAACUGAAGAUGAGGGAGAAUAUAUAUGUAGAGUUCACAGGUGGUUUGAUUCUGGAGAAACUGUGGUUCAAAUAAAACUUGAGCGUUUGCUAGUUUCAGGCUCAGAUAAAUCCAUAUCUGUGUCUGUGGGUGAGGACGUCACUCUGAACUGCUCUGUAGACUCUCACAUCAAACCUGAACACAUUAAUGUUUCAUGGAUAAGAACAGAUGGAGAUGAAGAUAUUCUGGUUCUGCUCUUCCAAAACAAUAAGACUUUACCAGAUUCAUCAGAUGAGCGAUACAGAGACAGAGUUGAGCUCUUCACUGCUGAAAUCCCCAAAGGAAACUUCUCUCUCAGACUGAAGAGUGUCAGAACUGAGGAUAAAGGAGUUUACAUGUGUCAAGUGUUUGCUGGAGGACUUUCAGCCAAUGUAACUGUAGAACUGGGAGUUGGUUUCUCUUCUUGGCACAUAGCUGUGUUAUUUUUCUGUUCUGCUGCUGGAUCUGGAGCUGUGCUUCUGCUCUGCUCUCUGAUCUACUGCAGAUAUAAAAACACAGUCACCAGCAGCAUAAUCAUGAAUCUUCAGGUUUCUCUGGUCUUUUGUCCAAACAUCUGUAUGUUCUUUGCCUUCAUGCUUUGGGGCUUUACUGAAGGAUCUCUGCAUGAGACGGUCACCUGCUGUGCUCUUUAUCUUCUGAGGCCUGUAAUGUUGAUGUGGGCUUUGUGCUAUUUGAAAAAUCUUCAAGACAAUCAUAAAUCAUGGAUCAGGUUUUUCAGAAUAACGCAUGAACUUACUGUUCUUACAGUCAUUGUUUAUUCAGUACUUUUUGCUUAUGGCUGGAGAAUCAGUGCACAUGAUACAGACAAUGGACCCCGUAUAUUCUCAGGAAUAUGGUUUGGAUGUGUUGUGCUGUUCUGUCUCCUGAGUGAAGGUUUGUAUGAUGCACUUUGUAUCUUUCUGUCUUUUUUCCAAUUGCUCCAGUUGAUCCCCUCAUUUGGACUUCCCUCUCCAGUGUUUCUUAUUUUGGUAUUUGUUCAACCACUGAUGCUGUUCUGUAUACCACUUUUAACUUAUCUGCAAGCAAGAUUGAGAUGUCUUCACCACAGAUGGAUAACAAUAUUGGGCAUAUUAAUAAUAACACUCCUGGAUAUCAUCCUAGUGAUUUAUGCUAAUCUAACCAUAUUAGAAAGGGAAAAAGAGAACUUGGAAUGGAUCUAUGUCAUUUUAUUUAUUGAAGUGCUGAAGAUAGCCGUGGUCAUUGAAAUCUGUGUGCUGAAACACAUGUUAAAAGAGGAAGAACAUUCAAGAGUUCAGAGACGACGAGAGACUGAGACGAGUCAACAAGGAUCAAAUUCAUUGUCUCUCUGUAAUGAAAUCAUGUUCAUGUUUGGAGCAGUUGGUCUUGUUUUGUUGAACUCUGUUACACUGACAGCAGAACUGAUCCUGAAAGCACGGAAUGGUGAGCGUGUCAUGAAGGAUAUGAGAGUCAUUGUCUUCCCUUCUGAAAGUGUUUUUGUCUUGUGUUGGCUGAUUUCACAAAUGCAUGCUAACUGGAGGAAUGUUAUAACUGGAUCUACACACAAUCAAAGGAACUUACAUCAAAGAGUUCAGCUCAUGAAUACACCAGAGACUCGUGAAAUGGAGAUUCUGUCUGCAGCUGAUCCUGAUGUUUCACAGACACAGAGAUGAGAAACAGUCUUUCACAUUUAUCCUGUACUCGGACUGCUCUCUGUCUUCAAAACAGUUCCUCUUCAGUAAAAACCAACAAAUGGAGACUGAAAACUAGAGUAUAAUGACAUUGUUACAAAUAACUUGAUAAUUUUGUAUCAGUUGCCAAAAUGUAUUGGUGGGGAAGUCAUGGCCUAAUGGUCAGAGAGUCCGACUCGCAAUCCAAAGAUUGGGCCGGCAGUGAUUGUAGGUGGGGGGAGUGAAUGUACAGUGCUCUCUCCACCUGAUACUACGCUACGCUAAUACCACGACUGAGGUGCCCUUGAGCAAAGCACUGAACCCCCAACUGCUCCCUGGGUGCCACAGC